UUUUUCCUGCAGUCGUCGGGGAAAAUAUGGCGUCUCUAAUAAAGCUGAAGAACCUGAUUACCCCGAUAACAUCGAAGAAGCCUGGGAUUUUGUACAAUGUCGUGAGGACAAAGGUUCUGACGAAUGAGGACUGGAAACCUGGACCCUACCCCAAAACCGAGGCAGAGAGAAGAGCAGCUGCUGAGAAAUAUGGCUUGUCCUACGAGGAAUACGAGCCCUAUCCAGAUGAUGGCUGGGGUCAUGGAGAUUAUCCCAAACUUCCCAUGAUCGGAAUGGCCCUGAAGGACCCAUGGUAUCCCUAUGAUUGGCCCGAGGAAAGACGAAAUCACGGGGAAGUGCUCCACGUCGACAGGAACAUCCUUGGAGAAGAGAGUGCUGACUUUGGAGAGAGACCGUACGUCCCGUAUCGUACAGCUACUGCUGUAACGUUAACUGUCAUUGGCUCUCUCUUCGCAGUUCAUUACCUCCUCGAACCCUAUCCUUGCUUCCGACCUGUUCUGGAGAAGCAAAUACCACAGCCUGGAGUCGUGCACUACACGUUCGAGCCAGCUCGUUGAAGAUGAUUCCAUAAAUUAUUUGUAGAGUCGAUAUUGUCAGUGAGGAUAUCAGUUUAAUGAAUAUUAUAAUUGGUUUAACUGUGGAGAAUAAUAAGAGAAUGAAGAAAUAAGAAAAUGUGGAUGAAAUUUGAA